GGACGCUUGUUGUCCCCGGAAAUAAGAAAAUAACUGAAUGCUAUGCAACGCGGCUUGAGAAACCGAGAUCAUUGUUUUUGCUGCACAAACUUGCAAACUAUUAUCUACCGACGAAACCAGUAAUGCACCGAUUUGUUUCCUAAAUUUGUCCUCGGAGCCGGGGUUUUCACUGCAACGGUACAACACACUCACGUAACGGUAUUAACGUUACACGUGAUCAUGUAAACAUGGCGAGUUUACUGUCAUUUGCAAACAUGCACGUCUGGACUGUGCAUAACUGCAGAUGACUCUGUGUGUGUGUUGCCAUCCUGCAGCGGAUGCAUACUGCAUCAAGAGGAGAUCAUUAACAUUUAUUGACAGCUGCCGUCGACUUCCCGAGACACUGCGCGUCAACACCCGGCCGUGGACGUACACUUCCGACUAUCAGAUCGCCAAUCCCGGUACAGAGUUAUGGAGUGGCCAGAGGAUUUUCCUGAGGACCAUGCAUUUGUUGAGCUGGUGGUUCCUGGUCUCCCCAGUCAGCUGGACUUUGAGCAGCUGAUCAAAGACACUGAAGAGAAACUCAAACUCAAUGCCAACAGCAUUGAACAGCAGCUGGUGGCACUUCAAGUCAAAAUGGGAGACACCAGAAGUGGAGAUCGUCCACUCAGUCCAUCGGAGUGCCUGCAGUGGCUUAAUGUCAAAAUGCUCAACAAUGUCAAGCCUGUCAGCACGGGGCAUCAAGAGCUCCUGUCUUUCUUCAAUUGCCUGCAAAAUUACCUGAGGUCUGAAGAAGAUGGGAGAGAAGAGGCGACACUACAGCUGUUGCUUCAUUUCUCAUCCAAGUGUGGCAUCUGCUUCCCUUGCACCCCUUCUUCAUCCUCGCCUUCUUCUACUCAACUUGCUGCCUCUUCCUCACACUUGGUACAUCUAGUUAGAGAUGACUCUUCAUCAGAGAUCCAAGAAGCAUGGGAUGAUGUACGUCUUCAACUGCGCUGCCACUUACUGCAGCGUCUGUCCACUCGCUGCCCAGGGAGUCAUGGAGUUCCCACCUUGUCCAUCAUCGAACGGGUUCAAUGCCUGCAGCAGUUCUGCUUUCUGUACCCUGAAUGUGAAGUACUCACUCAUUACCAGGGCCAAAGAAGCAAGUCGAUGCUGGCUCUUCUUCACUCAGCCAUGCGCUCCAGUCCACCUGCUGUCACAGGCUUUGACAGAGUGGCCGCAGCAUUCCGCUCUGUGACCCCCGUUCUCACUCAGACACUCACCGAAGACCUCCACGUCCUUCCAAGAGUCGCAGAGCCACCCGCCAUCCUGGCCUUCCUAAAUGCAGCCUACCUCUGCCCUGUCGCCGGCGAACUGGCCUUGCUGGUGACUAAAGAAAGCGAGAGGGCCCUGAGGGACAACACCAUGCUCGGCAGCAAGACCAAGAAAUACUCGACUAAGUCUCGAGCAACAGUUGCACCGAUGGAGCUUCCUGUGAAAACCAGAAGCUUCAGUUUGACCUCCCACCAGUUGCGGGCGCUGACCCAGCUGGCACGCACACUGCUGGCGUUGGAGAGCGGCGUCAAGGAUAUGGUCACCAACAUGAUCUUCAUUAAUUGCACAGGAGAGGUGCCCUGUGUAAAAGGCAUCCUAAAAAAGGCUAAGGUGGACAUGGCAGCAGAUAACAAGAAAUCCGCAACGCAAACUGAGUCACUAGAAUUUGACUGGAGGUCAGCCUUUAGUGGUUUGGCCCCUCACAUGUCCCACUGUGUCAAAGUGGUGCUGGAUGAUGUUUGCACCAAGAGUUUUCAGUGGGAAGAAACGAUGCAUUCCUCAGGGCACUACUCAGUCUUGCUGGAAAAUACAAGUGGACACACGAGCGUCAAGAGCAGUGACAUAAAUGUCAGAGAAGACAACUUCUACGGCUACUCUGAGAGAGAUACUCCUAAGAUGAUAGCCAAGUUUUGUGGUGCAGUGGUUGAUGAGAUGGAUGCCUUACUACCCCUGGCAGCCGCCUGCAGGGACACCUCUCUUCUGGACGUUCGAUCAAGCUUCGUGGAGGCGUGUAGCCGGGCGGCGCUCGCCAUCCUUGCGCGUUUGGAGGAGAGAGCCCUAGAAGUACCAUCUUCUUUACCACUGAAGAACCUGCUGGCCUUGUUGGCCACUUGCAUUUAUGUGCUCCAGAGGCUGCAGCACUACCAGGCACGGCUGAAGGAUCCAGCAGCUACUUUAACCAAAGUGCACCUGAGCUUGCUGCCUGUCCAGAAGUACCAGGACACAGUUGAGGCCUUGAAAGAGCAACUGAGAUGCUACUGUGUGCAGGUGUGUCUCACCUGUGUCUUUCAAGAUGCAGAGAGUCACCACUGGGAUGACCCCAAGCCCUUCUAUGAGGGCGAGCGCUGUUCCUUCUCUGUGCAGAUGUGGUUCUACUUCCUGUGUGGUCUCCGUAGUGACCUGUGGGCUGUGCUGCCGCCACGGUUGGCCAAAGAGCUGCUGGGCCAGGUGCUGUCCGAGACCUUGCAGGUGCUGGUGCAAAGAUAUGCCAGGGCCCAGCCUUCGUAUCAAAGACAUCGGCAGAUCAGGUGCGACAUCACAGCCGUGUUGCUUUAUGUGGAGCAGCUGAUGUGGAGUGUGUGUGAAAGUCCCGAGGACUUGCUCUGCCGCAGCCCGUCUUCAGCAAUCGCCGUAAUAGCGGGUGGGUCCGACUGGCCCGACCAGAUCCACAGCCUAUGUGACCAACUCCUGACAGUCCUCGUCAUUGGCACAGCGCCGCUUUCCCUCUUGCACGGGACAUUUAUGAAUAAACACACAAAUGAGUCCACGGUACUGGAGUCAGAUUGGCCAUUGGUCCGCUGGUUAAAUGCUUUAGAACCUGAACUCUUCACAGAAGCAGCCAUACGAGAUGGCCUUAUGGGCCAGGAAGCAUCUGCAUGUCAGCUCAGGCUGCUGACCUCCGACCCUGGAAGCAAUCCCAGGUUGCUACUGCGAUUGCUGCUCCACAGAGAAUGUCACCUGCCCCGUGUUCUCCUGGAAAACUCUUAUUUUUGCCAGGAUAGCCACCAAGAAACAUCUCCCGAGCAUCGCCAGGCAGGUGAUUCCUUCGUUGAUGCACUUUUCAACAUUUAUACUUUCUUGAAUGACGUCCCCACGGCCUUGACUCAGGCCCUUGAACCAUACCUGGACUCUGCACAUGUAUGGGAGCAUCUCUACUCACUGCCAGAAACGUCACAAGCAGAGCCUGUCGUGAUCGGCUGUAUCCGAGUGAUGGUCACCAAGUCCACCAAUAGCCUCCUGACUCACCUAGUUUCCAUGGUGACAGAGGAGCCCAGUGGAGUCUUCGAGGCGAGAGAUGUUCCAGAAAGUGUUCUGGCUAAAGUUCCCAAGGAUUGGAAGUAUGCACCUGUGGAGAUGCAAGGGAAAGGUUCCUCCUCUUCAAAAACUUUCAUAUCCCUCGCCAUCCAAGCUAUGUCCUUCAUUUUCACCAACCUGCCAUUGUUGGUAGUGACUUUGCCCCUCCCCAUCCGCCAACUCUUCCAAGUGGCGGAGAAACACCUUUCCCAGCAUGCCCGGCAGCUGCGCUCUGUGGGCCUGCUGUUGUGGUCCCUGUUGAACUGCCUGAUCCAUAGACUGGGGGACCCGCACUCACUGGAGGAGAUCAGUGGACUGGCCUUGAACUGCCAGGCCAAGGACUGCCUGACUCUGCUGGCCGAGUGUCUGCAGGCUUCAAUGGGGAUUCAGCAGAAGGGUGUUCCCAAACCCACGGUACACAAAGUACUGCAGGCUCUGGAGGAGAAACGGCCAAAGUGGAUGAACAUGCAGCUGCACAAGGCCCGCAAACUCUGCACAGACAGUGUCCAUGAGGGCGGCGUGGCUGCAGACGAACUGACCGAGCAGAAAAUGGGCCUGAUGCUGCUGGAGGUGUGCCACAGAGCAGGGGGCUGCAACUACCUGAGGCACAUCCAUCACAUCAUCCAAGGCAAUGAGGACUUUCUGAUGUCUAAAUUAAAUGUGAGCACAGACUUGAACGCUGAUCCCCCUUACUCGGUCAACUUUGACCUUGGUCAUCAUGAGUACGCCAACAAGUUCAACCCACUGGAACACUUUGAUCGAAUUGGCAAGAGGAAACUAAAUCAGGCUGCUGUGGCUGAGUGGGCGUGGGACUGGACAAGGUUGCUGCCAGCGUAUCAAGACAUGUGUCAAGUCACCUUCAAAACUCUGUUGGCCAACAGGUGGGAGAUGCAGGACGGUGCAGAGCUGCAAAAAGAUGAGAAAACGACGGUGGAAGAACUCCGAAGAGCCUAUUUUGUUUGUCACUGCGGCGCAGGACUGCAGGAGUCUCGUGAAGCAGAUGAAAAGAUGGCGGAGCGGACCCAGGGGGGGUCCGAUAAAACUGCUGCCCAAUAACAGUCCAAGGAGUUGGAAUUUUUAUCAUGUUGUAAAUGUUUACUUGUAAUACACACUUGCGGCUCUGCAAGUGUUUGCGUACAGGAUGCUGCAGGGUUACACUAUAUGUGUCCGCAUUGUGUGACAGGAGAUCUCGAUUCUCCUGCAUCAGCCCGCACAUUUCUUUGUGGAGAACAUCUUCUCCAAUCAGUUCUGGGAAACAGAGAAGCCACAUUUGUUUGUCCAGGACGAGAUGGGACUCUGUGAUCAGUUUUUUUGUUUCUUUUCAGGGAGUGAGUGUGAUGUUGUCAGCAUCCUUUUUUUCUUGCUGUCUGGUAAAAAAGCAACAUAGAAUUACAGUUGAAUGAAGUUUGUUUUGAUUGUGUUGCAAUCCGUUCCAAAAUCUACCUCCCUCUGUAAUGUCAGUCAGUAUUUGUGCAUACUAGGAUAUAAAGUGUAUUCUAGGUAAUUAAAUAAUGUAUUUUUUAAACAUACUGCAUAAAUACUCUAGAUACAAUAAAUAAUGAGAUUAAA